UUUAUUACUCUGUGUGCGUCGCUGUCACAGCAAGUAUGAGGCUCUCAUAUUUCUUCACAUUUGCAGUCUUGGUUGGAACAGUAACGGCAGUGGAUCCUCCAUUCCCGUAUUGUUACAUGGGCCGAUCAGAGCUGGAAGUUGGCGAUAUUCUCACCAACGAUGAGUAUCUCUGUAACGGACCAUAUAAACUUGUUAUGCAGUCUGACGAAAACCUAGUGCUUUACGAUAUGAGCGCUGAAAAUAAGAUCAUUUGGGCCUCUGGAACGGCCAGUAAUAUGCCUAAUGUCGAACAAAUACAAGUCCAGUUGACGUUGAAACCCGACGCCAAUAUUGCAAUAUCAAUCUUGUUCAAUGGUAAAUGGAUCCAAAAAUGGUCGACUCAUCACGGCAGCCCUAAUCGUAGCGCAGCUUGGAUGGAAAUCGACAAAGAGGGACAAAUGGCAGUUUAUGAUAUACAUGAACAACUUGUAUGGAAAAUGAAGGGAAAUGAUUUAAAUGGCGGGAUCGUGAUUGGUUAGGCAAAACGAAUGCCACGCGGAAAACGGAGGGCAAGGGUCCAUAGGCCUUCAGUAGUGUAUCAAAUAAGCAAAAAUGAUAAUUCGCACGAUAACUUGCGUAUAGAUCUUGCAAUACAGUCUUCAAUCUCUUCUCACACGUCCAAACCGAGGAAUGAUGUGCCACACUUUUCAGGGUUGAAAGACAACGGGUCACAAAAGAGAGCAUGCAUGCACGAGACACCUAGAAUUUCAGACACCCCUCUACUAUCUGCAAACUCAUAAGUAAGCGUUUUAAGUUUAAUAUCACCACCUGCUUUUGACACUCAGGACGAAGCAUGGCCGUCCAAAUUUACAAAAUUUCGAUUGUUCUCUUCAGACUUUUAAAUAUUUUAGAGUAUAUCAGCAGGAGCAGGGG